AUGUCCGCCGUCCUCGAGAUUGACGACGUCCCUCAUAUAGUCCGGUAUGGAUCGCACGACGACAAAGCCGGCUGCGAGAAAUGCUGGAUUCACUUCUAUCGCUCCGGAACCCGCUUCGACAUUCACGUCACAGGUAGUGCUGUCGACGGAACUCGUUUUGCGGAAAGAUGGAUCCCUCUUCUGAAAAGUCCAGAAGUGAAGCCUUAUACGGGCAAAGUCGCCCCUUGGGUUCAACAGUGGGAAGAUCUCUGCACGCUCGUCAUCUCUGCGUGUCUUGGAACCAUUCGAAAGCUUGUCCGUGGGGAUGAUGGCGGCGAAGACCGUGGGAGAUGGAAGAUGUUGGAGGGGUAUCUGAAAGCCCCGAGUUAUAAGCUUGAAGUUGUCAAGAAGGACUCGAGCCUUACUGAAGAAGACGUGGGGACUGAUGGUGGUGGUGUCUCGGUGAAGAUCUGCGAGGGACCAAUUGCAAAGCCGACUUAUGAGCAUUGGCCUCUGCCUGCCGAGUCGAUACGGGAUCUGCCAGACCUGGACGGCAUCAAAGACAAAUUACCUGUGUACCACGCGAGGGAUCUCGAAGUCCUGGGGGCUGACAACGAUUGGAGGCACCCGCCCUCUUCACUCCGUGCGCCGGAUGGAACUAUCUAUACCUUUGUUUGCUGCGAACGCAAUUCCACGCUUAUGCCCGAGAACAUUGUGACGAAUGGCAGUGUGGAUGAGAUUAAUGCUUAUUGCCGCUUGUUUACCGCCGCUGAGGACGUCUCGGUCCCCAGCAAUGUUGGAGUUAGUCACAUAAGAAAGCUCAAAGGUGUCGUGGUAACAGAAGUUCGCAAUGAUUUUCCGGCGGGAGAAUCAGAUGUCCCAGAAGGCUCAGAUGAAAUCAUCAGCACUGCCGCUGAUGACAACAGUUCGAGAGUGGUCGGAAUACUCCUCAACCAGCUACCUUCUGGAAACAGUCUUGGAGACUGGCUGAAGCAGAAACAGGAGAGAGCAGAGGCUGUAGAUGCCAACGAGGUGCAGAGCUGGAAAGAGCAUAUCACGCAGGUUGUCGAGCUCUUGCACAGCCACAGGAUAACCGUCGGUGGGUAUCAGACGAAAGACGAUGGUGAUGACGGUGAUGACGGCAAAGAUGGAGAUAGCGCGUGGUAUUAUAUCAACCAGCAUACCAUUGAGAUCGUGCCGAGCGACCAAAGUGACCAGGGACCUGAUGGCGAUAUUAUCGGUUCCGAGACAGAGGCAUGGCUGUCGCUAGGAGCAGGUUGCACUCAUCACCCAAGUGGUGACGAAGAAGCAUUUCAAAAAGACAUGAUGCUAGACUGGGAAGGUGUCGAUAAGGCUUUCACCCUGUGA